GCCUAGCAGGCUUCCAUUACUCUCACCUGCCGAUCGCGCUAUCAAUCGCUCUCUCGCGAGCAUUACCCGCGUCACAUUCCAUCCUACCUAGUACGUAGUCCGGCUUCGCCAGAGCCAGUCCGAUGACGAUAGCGCCGCCAACGUUGCUCGCGUUUGUCGUCCUUGCCGGCGCGCUGGGCGGCGGCGGCGACGUCGUGGAGGCGGCGCUGCUGAAGGCGCACUUCUACCGGCACAGCUGCCCGGCGGCGGAGGCUGUGGUGCGGGACAUCGUACAGGCCCGCGUCGCCGAGGACCCCGCCGCGCUCCCCGCCAGGCUGCUCCGCCUCUUCUUCCACGACUGCUUCGUGAGGGGCUGCGACGCGUCGCUGCUGAUCGACUCCACGGGGGGCAGCAACGGAAACACGGCGGAGAAGGACGCCGCGCCGAACAGGUCGUUGGGCGGCUUCGACGUCGUCGACACCGCCAAGGCCGUGCUGGAGGCCGUCUGCCCCGGCGUCGUUUCCUGCGCCGACAUCGUGGCGCUCGCCGCCAGGGACGCCGUCUCCGUCCAGUUCGGUCGUGACCUGUGGGACGUGCAGCUGGGGCGGCGCGACGGCGUGGUGUCGCGCGCGUCGGAGGCGCUGUCGGACAUCCCCUCGCCGUCGGACAACUUCACCGCGCUGGAGGCCACCUUCGCCAGCAAGGGCCUCGACGUCAAGGACCUCGUCAUCCUCUCAGGUGCGCACACCAUCGGCGUCGGUCACUGCAACCUCUUCAGCAGCCGCCUGUUCAGCUCCACCCCCACCGGCGCCGUCACCCCCGCCACCGGCGCCGUCACCCCCGCCACCGACCCGACCCUCAACGCUGCCUAUGCCGCGCAGCUGCGCGGGGCGUGCAGGUCGCCGUCUAACAACGCUACCGUCGUGCCCAUGGACCCCAGCAGCCCGGCCCGGUUCGACUCCCAUUACUACGUCAAUCUCAAGCUUGGCCGUGGGUUGUUCAGGUCCGACGCCGCCCUGCUCACCGACCGCCGCGCCGUCGGCAUGAUCCACGGGCUCACCAAGGAAGGCCACUUCCUGAAGGAGUUCAAGAACGCCGUUCGUAAGAUGGGUCGCGUUGGUGUCCUCACCGGAGACCAGGGAGAGAUUAGGAGAAACUGUAGGGUCAUCAACUCAUGAAUUAAUUGGUACUUAUGUUGUGGUGUUUUGGUUGUAAUUAAUCAUAAUGAGGUGAUUUGUGUUUAUUCUUAGCGUAACGUUGUUGAUGUGAACAUAAAGCCGGAGUGUUAUAGUGAAUUAAGCCCGGAAUGGAUUGUACUCCGUACUAGAUUUUCUUCGUUUGUGGUUGAGAAUCGAUUCAUGAGCUUUGGUGUAAUUUUGUUUGCUUGAAAGUUGUGGACAGAAGGAUGCGAAAUAUAUUAUGAGAGGCUCGAUAUCAGAGGUCGGCCAUGUGAUUUGUGUAUUUAAAA